AUGACGCAGCUGUUCACUUCUUCACAACCCUCUCCUGUGCCGUCGGAGAAACGCAACUUCCAUGGCCUUUCCCUCUCCUCCAAGAAACAUAACAACAACAAUGUCAACAGCAGCAACAAUAAUACGGAGUCCUCGAUGAAUCACUUCCCUUCCAAGAUCAAGAACUUUUUCCGCAUCAACUCGUCGAGUAGUAAUGUUGGGACGAACGGCAACAGUUCGGACCGAGAAAUAAACAGCUCCAACACUAGUCUGCCAAAGAAUGAUUCAAGAUCAAAUACGAAACAAUCCCGGUUUUUGCCUGCUAUCGGCCGCAAUCGCUCGACUACCGUCGCAAGUGAGGGCAACCCUUUAGACGACAGUCUCUCGCCGACUGCUCACGCCAACCCCUACUUCGCUCAUCAGGGCCAUCCUGCCCUUCGGCAUCGCAAUGACAGUUCUCUUCCGUCCACACCCCCUGAUGUACCCGAAUUACAAGUGCAGGGAAUUCCUGCGGUCGAUCAAGCGACCACUGCCGGCAAGGAAGAAUUAGCACGCAAGCUUCGCCGAGUGGCCUCUGCGCCAAACGCCCAGGGGCUAUUUGCCGAUGACAAGUCCGGUGAGCGACCAAAGACAGCAGAGUUGGGUAAAGAACCAUUGGUAGCGCAGGGAGGAAACCAAGCUCAAGUCGGACUUCCGGAUGCAUCGGAUGAGGUACUCGCUAUCCCAAGCAUUGGGCCAGAUGGAAAGGUGCCUCUGCCCGGUCAGAUCAGAGUAGCGUCAUCUGGCGCUUUCCGAAGGACAUACAGCUCGAAUUCGAUCAAGGUGCGCAAUGUGGAGGUUGGUCCAGGCAGUUUUGACAAAAUCAAAUUGAUUGGUAAAGGAGAUGUUGGCAAGGUCUAUUUGGUCAGAGAGAAGAAAUCUAACCGGCUUUACGCUAUGAAAGUAUUGAGCAAGAAGGAAAUGAUCAAACGUAACAAGAUUAAACGAGCGCUUGCCGAACAAGAGAUCUUGGCUACGAGCAACCACCCUUUCAUUGUGACGCUAUAUCAUUCUUUUCAAUCAGAGGAUUUUUUGUAUUUGUGUAUGGAGUACUGCAGUGGUGGAGAGUUUUUCAGAGCUUUGCAGACUCGUCCCGGAAAAUGCAUUCCUGAGGAUGACGCCCGAUUCUAUGCAGCGGAGGUGACGGCAGCCCUGGAAUAUCUCCAUUUGAUGGGUUUCAUAUAUCGUGAUCUCAAACCCGAGAAUAUCCUUCUGCAUCAAUCCGGUCAUAUCAUGUUGUCUGAUUUCGACUUGUCAAAACAAUCAGGGCCAGGAGGAGCGCCAACGAUGAUACUGGGACGCAACGGUAAUGGGCCAGCGUCUUUCCCCACAAUCGACACAAAAUCAUGCAUCGCCGAUUUCCGAACGAAUUCGUUCGUUGGAACAGAAGAAUACAUCGCGCCAGAAGUGAUUCAAGGAUGCGGUCAUACCAGUGCCGUCGACUGGUGGACUCUGGGAAUUUUGAUAUACGAAAUGUUAUAUGGUACCACACCGUUCAAAGGCAAGAACCGUACUGCUACAUUUUCCAACAUCCUUCGAAACGAAGUACCGUUCCCUGAACAUGGCGGAGCACAACAGAUUUCCAGUUUGUGCAAAUCUCUUAUACGAAAGCUACUCAUCAAAGAUGAAACAAAACGCCUUGGAGCAAGAGCGGGUGCCUCUGAUGUGAAAACGCAUCCUUUUUUCCGAAGCACAUCUUGGGCCUUGAUCCGACAUAUGAAACCGCCCAUGAUCCCUCAUCAAGGACGCGGCAUCGACACAGUCAAUUUCCGCAACGUCAAAGAAAGUGCCAGUGUGGAUAUUGGAGGGUCAUCAAAUAAAAUGCCAGGCGUUCCAUUAGAUUCGGGUCUGGCUACUCCUGGUGGCGAGAUUGCUGAUCCUUUCGAGGAAUUCAACAGUGUCACCCUUCACCAUGAAGGUGAUGAAUAA